AUGGGGAAAGAAAAAAUACAUAUUAAUAUUGUUGUGAUCGGUCACGUCGAUUCUGGUAAAUCAACAACAACCGGGCAUUUAAUUUAUAAAUGUGGAGGAAUCGAUAAGCGAACAAUUGAAAAAUUUGAGAAAGAGGCUCAAGAAAUGGGAAAAGGAUCGUUCAAAUAUGCAUGGGUUUUGGAUAAACUUAAAGCGGAACGUGAGCGUGGUAUUACAAUUGAUAUUGCUUUAUGGAAAUUUGAAACAGCUAAAUAUUAUGUGACAAUUAUUGAUGCACCUGGACAUCGUGAUUUCAUCAAAAAUAUGAUUACUGGAACAUCGCAAGCUGAUUGUGCGGUAUUGGUUGUCGCUUGUGGAACAGGCGAGUUUGAAGCAGGUAUUUCUAAGAAUGGACAAACUCGGGAACAUGCAUUGCUUGCACAAACAUUAGGUGUCAAACAACUAAUUGUCGCUUGCAAUAAAAUGGAUUCAACAGAACCACCUUUCUCUGAAGCUCGUUUCAAUGAAGUAGUUAAUGAAGUUUCGAAUUAUAUUAAGAAAAUCGGUUAUAAUCCUAAAGCGGUUCCGUUUGUGCCUAUCUCAGGUUUCAAUGGUGAUAAUAUGUUGGAACCAUCGGAAAACAUGUCUUGGUUCAAGGGUUGGUCCAUUGAAAGAAAGGAAGGUUCAGCAACUGGAAAGACAUUACUAGAGGCUUUGGAUUCAGUCACGCCUCCUCAACGACCCACCGAUAAGCCGCUUCGUUUGCCUUUACAAGAUGUCUACAAAAUCGGAGGCAUCGGAACCGUGCCGGUUGGUCGUGUCGAAACUGGUGUCCUAAAACCUGGGAUGGUUGUAACUUUUGCUCCACAGAACCUUACAACUGAGGUGAAAUCAGUUGAGAUGCACCACGAAGCACUGGCUGAAGCAUUACCUGGUGAUAAUGUUGGAUUUAAUGUUAAGAAUAUUUCUGUUAAAGAUAUUCGUAGAGGUUCGGUGGCAUCUGAUUCCAAAAAUGAUCCAGCCAAGGAAGCGAAAUCAUUCACAGCUCAAGUUAUUAUUAUGAAUCAUCCGGGUCAAAUCGCACAAGGCUACACUCCUGUACUUGAUUGCCAUACUGCACAUAUAGCCUGCAAAUUUGCCGAAUUGAAGGAAAAAGUUGACCGACGAUCUGGAAAAAAGGUUGAGGAUAAUCCAAAGUUCCUUAAAUCUGGUGAUGCGGGUAUUGUGGAAUUGGUGCCGUCAAAACCAAUGUGCGUUGAAUCGUUUACAGAUUAUCCUCCAUUAGGAAGGUUCGCAGUCCGUGAUAUGCGCCAGACGGUUGCUGUUGGAGUAAUAAAAGCUGUGGAGAAAACCGAAGCUGCUGGGAAAGUUACGAAAGCUGCGCAAAAGGCCGGAGUAGGAACAAAAAAGAAAUAA